AUGGCGUUCCUAUUCAAGUCCAAGAAGAGCCAGGACAGGUCCGUCCAGAGCCGUGAAGGCCCCCCCAGUGCAGGCGGCUCCAUCCCAAGUGCCGCAUCCAGAGCCGUACGGGAUGAGAAGAAUUCGCGGUCGACGCCGACGGGCAGCCUCAACUCGCUCGACGAGGGCAGCCCCAUUCAAGAUGUCGACAAGUACGCUGUGCGCCGAGGACCAGAGCAGGCGCAACAACAGCAGCCAAGUGAUCUACCUUUUCGCAACAGCCCGCAGACAAGCCCUCCAGGCGCAAACCCUCCGACAAACCCUAACGCAUCGCUGUUUCCGUGGUCGCAGAGAAGGCUCAACUUCACUUCCUCGAUACCGAGUCCCUUCCCUCGAUAUGGAGCCGCAGUCAAUGGCUUGUCUUCGAAAGAAGGCGACAUCUACUUGAUGGGUGGAUUGAUCAACAGCUCGACCGUGAAGGGGGAUCUGUGGUUAAUUGAAGCCGGCGGCAACAUGAGCUGCUACCCACUCUCCACUACUGCUGAGGGCCCGGGACCAAGAGUUGGCCAUGCCUCCCUGUUGGUUGGCAAUGCUUUCAUUGUCUAUGGCGGUGAUACCAAGAUCGACGAGGCUGAUGUUUUGGACGAGACUCUAUACCUCCUCAAUACUUCCACAAGACAAUGGUCCAGGGCAUUACCGGCUGGACCCCGACCUUCUGGGCGUUAUGGACAUUCGCUCAAUAUCGUUGGGUCCAAGAUAUUCAUCUUCGGUGGCCAAAUCGAAGGCUAUUUCAUGAAUGACCUGGCUGCCUUUGAUUUGAACCAACUGCAACUGCCGACCAACCGCUGGGAAAUUCUCUAUGAGAAUAUCGACAUCAACUCUUCGCCGAAAGGCAGGGUACCGCCCGCACGAACGAACCACACCAUGAUAUCCUACAAUGACAAGCUGUAUCUGUUCGGUGGCACCAAUGGUUUUCAGUGGUUCAACGAUGUGUGGUGUUAUGACCCGGCGACCAAUCUUUGGGCUCAGCUGGACUGUAUAGGGUACAUUCCGCUUCCAAGAGAGGGCCAUGCCGCGGCCUUGGUGGACGACGUGAUGUAUAUCUUUGGAGGCCGUACCGAAGAGGGUGCGGAUCUGGGCGACCUGGCUGCUUUCCGCAUCAGCUCUCGGCGAUGGUACACCUUCCAGAACAUGGGUCCUACACCCUCUCCCCGUUCUGGUCACAGCAUGACGGCAGUAGGCAAGUCGGUUGUGGUAGUGGGAGGAGAGCCCAGCUCUGCGACGAACCAGGUCAAUGAUCUGUCUAUUGUCUACGUCCUGGAUACCACCAAGAUCCGUUACCCAAAUGACGCGCAGAUCCAGUCCAACACACAGAAAGUGCAACAGCAACGGCGGCCAAGCGGUGACGCCCCCGCGACGGGACCGCGAACGAUGCCGCUUCGCGAGGGCUCGAAUGGUCCUGAUCAGAGGCGGAUUCAGGCCCAGGAAAACGCUCGUGCAAUGAGCCCGUCAAAACCGCCAAAUGGAGCUCCUCCAAACGCGCCUGGUGCUGCGGUGUCCAAGAUGCCCAGAGCUGCAGCGCCUCCAGGACCUUCGGGGCCUCCACCGCAGGGUCAGCCACCCCGACCUACCGUCAACACGAAUACCACCAAUGGAAGAGUCAGGAAUGCUUCCAUUGAGCGCAUAGAACGCGAGGCGGCUGGGUCGGGGUCUGGUUCCUCCAGCCCCAACACCCGCACCCAAUCGCCGUUGUCACAGGUCAAAGAGGAGGGCGCGACCACAAACGGGCGCCGCACUCCUAAUCAGGGGCGAACUGCCGGAAAGCCGGAGAAUGCUGCUGUCGAUGCCAUUAAGAAGGGAUCAACAAGACAGACUCGUGGUCAAGGCUCGGUGGACAGUAUUACAGAGCCGAAUCUCAAGAAUGUCACGAACCGCCCAUCAUCGCCGCCACCCCCUACCAGGCAGACCAGCAACCCUCUAUCACGUAGAAGUUCCGGCAGAAACUCGCAGGCGGUGGUUUUGCUUAAGGAAUUGGAUGCCGCUAGGAACCGCAACGCAUGGUAUGCAUCUGAGCUCGAAUUGGCCCGCAAGGCAGGGUAUAGUCCGAGUGCGGCUAUGAGUCCGACGUUGGAGAGCCGAGCAGAAACCUUUGACGACGAGGACAAACCGUUGAUUGAGGCACUCCUGGCAAUGAGACAAGAGCUAGCUAACGUCCAGAGCUCUGUUGACAAGCAGGCAGUGUUGGCUGCAAAGCAAAUUGCCGAGGCCGAACGACAGCGCGAUGCCGCAGUCCAGGAGGCGAUUUAUGCCAAGGCCAAGAUGGCAGCCCAUACAGGCAGUGCUGCCAGCACUCCUCAGCUGGAUAACGACCGCGACGAAGGAAACCGUAGUGCUGACAGCAGCCGAAAACUAGCCGCGGCACUCAACCUUCAGAGAGAGCUUCAAAACUCUCUUGAACGCGCAGAAGCCGAGCUUGGGGCUGAGAAGCGAGCACGCCAACUCGCAGACGACACCACCAGUGCUGCUCAAAAGCGAAUGGCUGGACUGGAGUCCUACAAGCAGCAGACCUCGCUCGAACUUGAAUCAUUACGUGCCGAACUUCACAUGGCCCAGCGCGAUGCUCGCGAACAAGCGACUGCAAGUGCUGAAGCAACUGCGACCCUGAAUGCACUCACCGUUGAGAAAGCCGAUCUACAGAGAAGACAUGAAGAGGCUAGUGGUGGCGUCAGGGAUGGAGGUGCCGACCUAGAUGCUCUCCGAGCCGCUGUAGCAGCGUCGGAAGACAUGAGAACCCACCUCGAGCAGAAACUCGACGAGGAGCGUGCAUCGCGCGAAAGAGUCGAAUCAAAGUUGACGAAUCUCAAAGCGGAACACGAGUCAAGCACAGCCGAACUUGUAGCUGUCAGCCAACGGCUCAGAGAUGCAGAGGAACUUGCCGAACGGCACGCAAACGAAGCCAAGACACACCGCCUAGCUGUUCUCUCUGGCCUGGAUAAGAUCACCCAAAAUGGCAACAAGUCCAAGCAGGUAGAUGCAGACCGCAUUGUUGCCCUCCAAGGUCAAGUCAACGCUGCCAAUGCCCUGGUUAAGAAGUACCAACAGGAGGCUGAUGCCGCAUCCGACAAAUUACGUAGUGCCGAGGAGCGCAUCGCCGGGCUCGAGGCGUAUCAAGAACAGUCCAGCAGAGAAGGCGUCACGAUCCGAAGACAACUGCAAGCGGCGCUGAAGGACACGCAGACUCUCCAGGCCAUGAACUCGGACUUGAAGCAUCAACUUGCCAACCAGCAACUGGAAACGAACGCCAUGAGUGUACAACACAAUACCCUCAAAGAUAUCUUGACUGAGCGUGGAAUCAGCCCAACAGGUCUUUCUCGUGUCAGAGGUAUGGGUUCAAGAAACGAAUCUCCAGCCAGCAACGACGUGGAGGCACAGCUCGCAGAAAGUCGCGCAGCCAACGAAGAGAUGAAGCAAGCCUUUGAAAUUCAGAUUCAGCAGACGGAGCAAGCGUACAGAGAAAGAGUCACGCAGCUCGAGAGCGACUACCAGUCCGCGGUUCACUAUGUCAAAGGCACCGAAAAGAUGCUGAAGCGGAUGAAGGAGGAGUUGGCCAAGUACAAGUCUGAUAAUGCACGUCUGAAGACCGAAAACCUUGAGCUCGAAGAGAAGUCCCUCGGUGCCGAAGCCAAGGCUGGCUCCGUGCCAGCUGACUGGGACAACCAGCGCUCCGCCUUGGAGCAAAAGAUCCAGAGUCUACAGGAGCAACUCAAAACCUCAGCCGGGCAGCUGGAGAAGCAGCUUGCCGUUGUACGUCAAGAGCUCGAGGCUACCAAGAUAGAGCGCGACAGCGCCAAGAAGACGAGCGGAGAUGCAGCCUCUCGCCUUGCAGCUUUGGAGAAGGGCCUUGAACAGAUGCAUCAAGAUAACGCCCAGCUCGAGAAGCGUGCCCAGGAUGCUGAGCAUAAGGUUGGCCUGCUUCUUGACCAAGUCGAGAACUCGGUUGACAACUACCGGAGACGGAGCCGACAGGUGCCGAGCAUCGGUUCGGAACAGACUCCCAAUCUGAGCAACCCAGGCCAUCAACGCCAGGAAAGUUCAGAGGCGGAGAGCCUUUACGGCGGGCUAGGCGACGCUAGGAACAGCGCCGCGCUCGACAAUCUGGCAGACGAACUCGAUCAACUCCGGACGAAAUGGGAGGCAACAAACGAGAACUAUCGUCUGUCUACCGCUUUCGACUUUGAGAGCGGUCCGGCAAAGAAGGGCGAUGAUGCCGUUGGGCUCGGCCUCAGUGAGAGUUUAGCUGACUGGCGUAAGCGGCUCGAUACUGACGAUCACCAAGGUCCCAAUGGCCAAAGUGCCAAGCAUACCUAA